CGCAGAUCGUUUACUACGCCGAGACAGAAAGUGAGACAUUGCGCGUGCUGAGCAGUGGCGCAUUGUUUAAUGAGGAACUCUCGAGGCGCGUGCACUUCGCCUGAUUGACCUUUAUCAAGAUGUUUGGUUUCCAUAAGCCAAAGAUGUACCGCAGUCUAAAUGGUUGCUGCAUCUGCAGGGCGAAAUCCUCCAGCUCUCGCUUCACAGACAGCAAGCGCUAUGAGAGAGACUUCCAGAGCUGCUUUGGCCUCUGCGAAACGCGCUCUGGAGAAAUUUGUAACGCUUGUGUGCUUCUGGUGAAACGCUGGAAGAAGCUUCCGGUUGGCUCCAAAAAGAAUUGGAAUCAUGUGGUGGAUGCGCGAGGUGGACCCAGCCUGAAGAUGACGGUGAAGUCUAAGAAGGUGAAGCCUCUGUCUAGACGAAUCAGGCCGAGUCAGAUUUGCAGAGUGCAGAAUGAACUGAAAAGAAACAACUCUGAUGCUCACAGCACCACCUCAAGUGCUAGCCCCGCCCAGUCUCCCAGCUACAGCAACCAAUCAGAUGAGGGCUCUGACUCCGAGCUGGCUCCCGGCUCCACCCGCUCCCCAGUCUUCUCCUUCUUGGACCUGACUUACUGGAGAAGGCAGCGUGUGUGCUGUGGCAUUAUCUACAAGGGCCGCUUCGGAGAAGUGCUCAUUGACCCCCAUCUGUAUAAGCCGUGCUGUCAGAAGAAACAGGAGCAGGGGCCUGAGGAAGAGGAGGAUGAGCAUGAGGAAGAGGACACUGAGCUGGAGAAAGAAGAAGGACAGGAGAGCCAGAGCAUGCUGGCAUCACCGCUCACAAGGCCAGACACUCCGCCUCUGCCUCUCAAAACCGAGGGGGAAGAGGAGUGGUGACUCUGUAAACUGAUUGAGCUUUUUUACGGGGUUUGAGGGGUUAGGUGGUCUUCAGGCACCCGUGAAGAAGUUCUACAAUCCAAGAGCAGCUGGAACUUUUAUUCUGAGGUGGGAUGAACAAGCUUAAUGUGUGUUUUUUGUGCACUCAGCACUCACAUAUUUGUGUAGUUUUAUUUUUUCCUACAUCACCCUUACCAUAUGGAUACUCUUAAUUCCCCAUACUUAUCAGACUGUAUGUGUGUGUGUGUGUACUGUAUAGUGAGUUACAUUUUUGUUGAACUCUGUUCCUGGUCAGUAUGCUGGAUUUUUCUAUACAGUGUGAAGAAAAAGAAUUUACAAGUUGUAAGGGUUUUAUUUACAUGUUUGAGCAGUGGUGCAGCGACCUUUAACAUUAUAAUGAGUUUCUUUUCCUAUUCAUUUGUCUUUUUUUCAUAAUGACUCAGAACUCGUGCUGCAUUUUACUAAAGGUCCGUUCAAGCCCGAGUUCAGCAAGUGACAUCAAAUCAACAUGGCCGCUGGGAGGAUAAAGAGUAAACAAAUUAGCACUUCUUACCUUUAAAGGUGGUGUAGAGUAUGUACAAGUAUUAUCUCCAGAUUAAUCAACACAUAGACACAUUCACUUGUUAAAUCUAGAACUCGGACCGUAUGGUUUAUCGGGUUUGAGGCGUUCGGUUAGCUGAGUCGUUCUUCCGAGCUAAAUCAAAUGCAUCGCCACUUCCAUCACAAGUUCUCCUCCUUCCAUUCUGACCUCAUAUAUCCCAGGUUAGUGUUUUAGCACACCCUUAUUCCUCGCUCAGCAUGACUGCAGUGCUGAGACGAGCUAAGCAAUGGCCAGCCAAAUCGUUUUCUGUCGCGCUGUGUGUAGUUGUGUAAAUAUGUAGAGCUCCACUUCUUCAGCAAUAUCCACAUUAUGCAUGAAAGCAAAGCAAAACCGUUUUAUCCUGAUGAGAAUCCGCAUGAACCUUGCACGGCCUUUUUGAUUGAUUUUUGUUCCUUUAUUUAUCUCACGGUUUUGUUUUAACAAGGUUUUGAUACAACUCUAAUAAAUAAAUAUACAUAUACAAAUAUAUAUAUUUUUUUAGGGAAAACAAAAGAACAUUAAAAAAAAUUAAUCACAGUAAUGGCAAUGUUAUGCUCUAAGAUGUCAAUUUUUUAAUGUGGAAUAUAUCUUCAGUUUAGCCAAAUACAAAAAAAAAAAAAAAAGAAUUUGAUACAAAAUCAAGUCUUAUUUAUUUACUUAACUGACACUCAUUUUUACAAAUAGUACCUCCUGUCUUCAGUCUGCUUUUGUAAAUAUUGUACUGAAAAAGUUAUACCUUAUUAUUAUUAUUUUUUUUUUUUUGUAAGGACUGAAUCUUUUUUUUUCACUCUGUGUGUUGAUGGUGAGUGCGGGGGGGGGGGGUGAGUUCAGAUACAGUACUUGUAAAUUUUGCAAGGGCAUUGUUUUUCAAUUUUCUAUUUUGUAUCAAUAAUGCUGAAAGCUCCUGAGCACGUAAUGUCCCAAAACCUGUGGUUUAUUUAAGCUUUUUUCCUCUUCUGGGAACAAGUCA